UCAAGCUCCAGCCCCUCUGCGCAGCAAAUGUCCCAUUUGCGUCAUAAGUGAUAUCAGCUCAAUUUUAAAAACUUUUUGUUAGUGAAAGGCCCAACCUAAGCCUACCUUAAGCCUGCAACUUACCCUUAAAAGCCUGUGUAAUGCUCACCCUUAAAUAGGAUAUCUUUCGAUUCUCAUCGGACACAUUGGUUCCGUCCUCCACCUCGGGUGGUGCAGCGAUGUCUUCCCCUGAGGAAAAGGUAUCUGCAAGCAUCUCUGAGGAGCCAGAAGAAUCUGGAAAUGAUGCUAAGAAGCCUGAGCCCAACCCGAUGCUAGCGGAGGAGGCCAAACUGAAGGCAAAGUACCCAAAUAUGGGACGACCAAGUGCUGGUCACUCGGCGUUUCUGCAAAAGCGAUUGCAGAAAGGGCAAAAAUAUUUCGAUUCGGGCGACUACCAGAUGGCGAAGCAGCGCGGCCCGCUGAGCAUGAUGCGGGGAUCUCAGAUGCGGGGCGCGCCGCCCACCGGCGAGACCAUCCCCACCCCCGAGACGCUACCUUCGCGCAAGACGUCGCUCGUGCAGAACAAUAAGACGCCGCUCACCUAAUGUGGCGCGGCGCUGGUGCGACGGGCCGUCGGCCGCCGGUGCCGGCAGCGCCGCCGGCCGCGGCCCGAGACUGACUGUGAGACUAGCCGCCGGGCGCGGCUUCGUCCGGCGGCGCCCGUCUCUGAUGUACCGUAUCCCUCACUGCUGGCGGCGGCACCGCGCGCAGAGGCAGCGCCGCUCCCGUCCCAUGUUCGGGCCGGAAGACACGCGACAGGAGGUAGAAGCAGAAUCUUCGAUGGGGCGCAAGUGACCCGGUGUUCGCUUGUAUUUUCUUCAGAGGAUACAAUACAAGUAAAUUUCCUUGUUUCUUUAGUGACUACUUAGUAUGCUCCGCUAUUAAAAUGUUCUUUUUAGGGAGUGUUAUGUGUAACAUGAGUUCGUUUCCCUCUUUAGAUGAUAUUUGAGUGCUUCGAAAAUACGGGCAUGGAGGUUGGGCUCUUGCUAUUUGUUUUGCAAUUUGCGAUGUUUUUUUUUUGGAAUCUGAUAAAUACAAUUGUAUUCUUCCUGUGUA